AUGGAUUUAGCAUUCGCAAAACCGGUCAAAGAAGUGCUUGAUAACUUCAACACUGACGAAAAUUCCGGGUUAAGUGACGACCAAAUCAAAAAGGCUUUGGAAAAGUAUGGACCCAACGAACUGCCCGCUGAAGAAGGAAAACCACUAUGGGAACUUAUUUUAGAACAAUUCGAUGAUUUAUUAGUGAAGAUUUUAUUAUUGGCUGCAGUAAUUUCGUUUGUUUUAGCUUGGUUUGAAGAAACAGAAGAACAGAUCACAGCCUUUGUUGAGCCUUUUGUUAUUUUAACUAUUUUAAUUGCCAAUGCUAUUGUUGGUGUGUGGCAGGAAAGAAAUGCAGAAAGUGCCAUUGAGGCUCUCAAGGAAUAUGAGCCUGAAAUCGCCAAAGUUAUCCGACAAAACCAUAAAGGUGUUCAGAGAAUCAGAGCUAGUAACUUGGUUCCUGGAGAUCUGACAGAAGUUUCAGUUGGUGACAAGGUUCCAGCUGAUAUCCGUGUUAUAGCUAUUUAUUCUACUACAUUACGUGUAGAUCAGGCUAUCUUGACUGGUGAGAGUGUCAGUGUAUUGAAACAUACAGAUGCUGUUCCCGAUCCACGAUCUGUCAAUCAAGACAAGAAAAAUAUCCUCUUCUCUGGUACUAAUAUUGCUGCUGGUAAAUGCCGUGGUAUUGUCAUUGGUACUGGAUUAAAUACUGAAAUUGGUAAAAUCCGAAAUGAAAUGAUGGACACUGAAACUGAAAAAACUCCCCUUCAACAAAAACUUGACGAAUUUGGUGAACAGUUAUCCAAGGUUAUCACUGUUAUCUGUGUUGCCGUCUGGGCCAUUAAUAUCGGUCACUUCAACGAUCCUGCUCAUGGUGGCUCCUGGAUGAGGGGUGCCAUCUACUACUUUAAAAUUGCUGUUGCCCUGGCUGUAGCUGCCAUUCCAGAAGGUUUACCUGCUGUCAUCACAACCUGUUUGGCUUUAGGUACCAGAAGAAUGGCCAAGAAGAAUGCUAUUGUAAGAAGUUUACCAUCAGUAGAAACAUUAGGUUGUACUUCUGUUAUCUGUUCAGAUAAAACUGGUACAUUAACAACUAAUCAAAUGUCUGUGUGCAAGAUGUUCUUGUUCAGUAAGAUUGAAGGAAAUAUGAUUGAAACUAGUCAGUUUGAAAUUACUGGUUCUACCUACGCACCUGAAGGAGAGAUCUUUUAUAAAAGUCGUAAGAUUAAGUGUGGUGAUUUCCCAGGAUUAGAAGAAGUGGCUGUUAUUUGUGCUAUGUGUAAUGACUCUAGUGUAGAUUACAAUGAUGCCAAAGAUCAAUUUGAAAAGGUUGGUGAAGCUACAGAAACUGCUCUGACUGUAUUGUGUGAAAAGAUGAAUGUGUACAACACUGAUAGAACUGGACUGACCAAACGUGAAAACUGUACCUGUGCCAAUCAAGUCAUCCAAGAAAUGUGGAAUAAGGAAGUCACUUUGGAAUUCUCCAGAGAUCGUAAAUCUAUGAGUGUGUAUGCUGCUCCUAACAAACCAACCAGAAUUGCCAAUGGCGCCAGAAUGUUCUGCAAGGGAGCUCCAGAAGGUUUAUUGGAUCGUUGUACCCAUGUUCGUAUCGGAGCCAACAAAGUACCAAUGUCACCUGCUAUCAAGGCUGAAAUUGUCAAACAAGUGAAGAUCUAUGGUACUGGAAGAGAUACCUUACGUUGUCUUGCUUUAGCUACUAUUGAUAACCCACCCAGAAUUGAAGACAUGGACUUGGAAGACUCGAGAAAGUUCAUCCAGUAUGAGACUAACAUGACAUUUGUUGGUGUAGUUGGUAUGUUGGAUCCACCCCGUGAAGAAGUCAAACAAUCCAUUGUUAAUUGUGCUGUUGCUGGUAUCAGAGUUAUUGUCAUCACUGGUGACAACAAGGCUACUGCUGAAGCUAUCUGCAGACGUAUUGGUGUCUUUGGUGAAAAUGAAUCUACAGAUGGUUUGGCUUACACUGGACGUGAAUUUGAUGAACUGGCUCCAGAAGAACAACGUGCAGCUUGUAUGAGAGCUAGGCUAUUUGCUCGUGUAGAACCUACCCAUAAAUCAAAGAUUGUAGAAUUUUUACAAGGAGAGGGAGAAAUUUCUGCUAUGACUGGUGAUGGUGUCAAUGAUGCUCCUGCCCUGAAGAAAGCUGAAAUUGGUAUUGCUAUGGGUUCUGGUACUGCUGUAGCUAAAUCUGCUGCUGAUAUCCUUUCAAAUAACUUUCAAAUGGUAUUGGCUGAUGAUAACUUCUCUUCUAUUGUUGCUGCUGUUGAGGAAGGUCGUGCUAUUUACAGUAACAUGAAACAGUUUAUUCGAUAUCUGAUUUCUUCCAAUAUUGGUGAAGUAGUCUGUAUUUUCUUAACUGCUGCUCUUGGUAUCCCUGAGGCUUUAAUUCCUGUCCAACUGUUGUGGGUCAACCUGGUAACUGAUGGUUUCCCUGCCACUGCUCUUGGUUUCAAUCCUCCAGAUUUAGACAUCAUGAAGAAACCACCACGAAAUCCAAAAGAAGGUCUUAUUACAGGAUGGUUGUUCUUCAGAUACAUGGCUAUUGGCAUAUAUGUUGGUUGUGCUACUGUCGGAUCUGCUGCCUGGUGGUUUAUGGUUUAUGAUCAUGGUCCCAGACUCAACUACUAUCAGUUGACCCAUCAAGCACAGUGUCUGAAUCAAGAUGAGAUGUUUGCAGGCAUUGAUUGCAGUGUCUUCCGGCAUCCAAAACCCAUGACGAUGGCCUUAUCAGUUUUGGUCGUCAUAGAGAUGUUGAAUGCUCUGAACAGUUUAUCAGAGAACCAGUCAUUAAUGGCCAUGCCACCAUGGUCCAAUAAAUGGUUAUGUGGAGCUAUUGUACUCUCUAUGUCUCUGCAUUUCCUUAUUCUCUACGUUGACGUCAUGUCCGUAAUUUUCCAGAUCACCCCCUUGAAUCUGGUAGAAUGGAUGGCUGUACUAAAGAUCUCCAUACCGGUCAUUAUUCUAGAUGAAGCCCUCAAAUUCGUCGCUAGGAAAUUUGCUGAUGCCCCAUUUAUGAAAGAGGCACCUGCAGCACCCCCUCCAGAAAUGGGCCGCCGCCGAUCCUCUAUUUUCCAUUUGAAAAAAAUGGGAUAAGUCUAAGUAAUUAAAAUUUUUAAAUUAUUUUUGUGUAUAUAAUAUAAUGUCAGAUGGUAGUCUUGUCUAAUUCACUAAAAAAAGUCGCCACCUACUUUCAGUCUAUACUUUAGUUCUGGCUUGGUUUUGGCAUUUGUCGAGAUAUUUGGUUUUCUAGAAUAGUUUUAGAUACGUUUGUGCUGCGCUCAAGUAGUAUGAAAUAGUAGAGAUUCAAAGCUAACUGGCUAUGUUGAUUUCAUUUGCAUUCCUUUUGUGUUUUUAUUAAUAAAUAAAUGUAGUAGAUUAGAUAUGCACAGUAAGGGGGGAUAACUACGAACGCCAACUAAUCUGCUGCGCUGCUAAGCAAUAUCUAACAAACUAGGAAUUGAAAAUUAGUAAAUGUAGCUUCUUAGAUUUAAAAAUUACCAGAAAUCACUUCAUUUCUGAUCACUCUUCAUUUUCUUUGCACAUUCUUCUUUAAAAUUCUUGGUGGUUAUCCAUGCAAAUUCUUCUUUUUGAAUUCAUGAUCUUCAUUAAUAUCAAUUCUUUGAGAAAUUCUUUGAUUUCAAACUUGCAAUGUCUUGGUAUUGUAAAUCAGUCUAUAAGUAUUCUCAUGUUUUGUAAAUUGACUCUUAUGUACCAGUGCCUUCAAUACCUUCCCUUUACUGUGCAGUGUAGUCGAGUUUGUUGCAUUCCUUCAACCCUGAACAUUUUAAAGGAGAAAAAGGUGAUAAUGUUCUGAAUAUGUAAUAUAGUUCAUUAUAAAUAUCAUCAAGCCAGCUUUUAUAAUGGCUAUUUUAUAUUAUUAUCUAUUUUUCUCCUGCAAUCUUACAGGGUGUUUAUUAGACUAGAUUAGGAAUAAGACAAGUUGUGAAUGUCUAUCAAUUUACAACAUCCCAUCAAUAAAAUUCUCAAUUUGGAAUUGUACAGAAAAAUCAAAAUUUUGGGAUGUUAUAAUUUGCAAUGCUUAGUUUUCGCCAAUUUUCCAUGUGAUUUUGAAAUGUAACUUUUGAGCAUGUUGACCUAGUGAUCUUGUGUAUAUGGAAUAGUUUGUAAAUAAAAUAUUUCUUAAAAAUAAAAAGAAAAUAUUGC